CAUUUAAUUGUAGUUUAGUUCAUCAAGGUACGUUGUGUAGUUUUCGUCAUGUCGCAGAAAAUACUUCUGGUGUUUGUAUUUUGUGUCGUGGCCUUGGCAGGCGUUAACGCAGUGCCAUACAUAACAAAAUGCGCAUCACACGAUGCGAAAUGCUUGAAACGAUCAACCCAAGCCCUCCUGCCGAUGUUCGCGAAUGGUAUGCCGCAAUACGCCGUCCAGGCCCUCGAUCCCCUGGUAAUUAGAACCGUUGACGCCAGCACAGCCAGCCUGCAGCUUAUUGUCAACAAUAUGGCGGUGACAGGGUUAAAGGGAUGCGUUGCUACUAAGAUUGAGCGAGACUUAGCAGCAUCGAAGUUGUUAACGAAUUUCCUUUGUAACGUCCGUGCUGAAGGCAACUAUGAGAUGCAUGGGAGGCUUCUAGUGCUGCCCAUUGAAGGCAAAGGAAGAGCUCAAGUAGAACUAAAUAAAAUUCAAAUGAACGUGGUCAGUAACAUCGUUGAGAAAAUCGGCAAGGACGGCAAGAAGCAUUGGCAUAUAAAAGGAUCAUCCUACAGCUACGAACUCAAAGACAAGGCGCAUGUUAACUUCGAGAAUCUCUUCAAUGGAAAUGAACUUAUGUCCAGGGCAGCCCGUGAGAUAAUAGCGAACAACGGUAACGAUAUCGUCGUGGAGGUAGGGCCUCCUGUCAUCAAGGCCAUCGUUGACAAGAUCAUCGAGAACGUCAACCAUUUGUUCCGAGCGGUUCCAGUCAAAGAACUGGCUUUAAACUGAUAAAUCCAAAGUUUUAUUAAAGUAAAUAAAAUCUUAAAAACAGUGA